AUGUCCGGCCUUGAAAUCCUCGGCAUAGCAGCCAGCAUCCUGCAAAUCGCCGACCUCGGCGCCACCGUCUCGGUCAAGCUAUGCACCUUCUACCGGCAACUCAAAUCCGCCGACCAAUCGGCGCAGAGCCUCUCAAGCGAGGUCGCGCUCACCUGCAGUAUUCUCCGCCAACUAGGCGAGAAUCUCAAGCAGGACGAGCAGACGCGGCUGUAUUCUGCGCAGGCGUUCGACACCGCGCAGGAGGUGCUGCGCGAGUGUGAGAGGGUGUUUAGGCGGAUUAGUGCGGCGGUGGAUGAGUCGCGGGUGGACGCGACGAAGAAUGCGAUUCAGAGGGCGGCGAGGCGGUUGGGGUUUGUGCUCAUGGAGAGGGAGCUGGAUGUGCUGCGGGGGAAUCUAGAGAGGUUGAAGUCGACGAUGUUGCUUUUGUUGAAUGUGAUUAUGUAUGCGGGGCAGGUGCGGAGCCGCGCGGAGUCGUCUGUUCUCAAGGAGCAGAGGGGUUUGAUUCAGGUGCUGGUGGAGGAGAAGAAGGCGGGUGAGGCGCGAUUCGACCAGUUGGUCAAGGCUCUUGAGUCUGCCGAUAUCAACCACCACGGAUCAGGUGGGCAAGAUACCCUCCCUCCAUACGAGUCCCUGGCAGAGGAGGACGCAUUACGCGAACUCCGGACGUAUCACCAGCUCGUCAAGCGGCUACUCCAAGAAGUGGAUGCGUGCCGGUCGGGCAUUGAGCGGAGCCGGUAUUCAAGAUUCAGAAAUGGAGUGGUCAAGGUGCACGCGGCCGAGGUGGAGGGAUUUCGACGAGCUCACGGGGAGAUUGUUUCUCGACUAUUCGAGGAUCCGCUGUUUAGUCUGGCACCUGAAAUGGAUAUCGUCGAGACACACACUCAAGAAAAUGACAACACUGAGGCUGAAAGGCCACAACGCAAAGAAGCCAUAGCGAAGCGAAGACGAGUCGACGAGUUUACACACCAUACGAGUUUCCCUCCCGAGGCAUAUGAGAGGGAUCGUCUACCUCUGGAGCCAUCCGGCUUUAACCCUUACGCUGGUCAGAUCGAGCACUCUGCUCCUUCGAUUGAAAUGGUCAAUGAGAGAAUCAAUGCAUAUCGUGCGCGUGACAGAGCUUUCUGCGACUACGAAGGAACUAUCGAGGGCGUCCGUCCCCGUAUCAAUUCUAACACGGCUUCUGGUCGUGCUAUCGGGAGGCAGAUUCACCACAUUGCUCAGCAACAACAGGCGCAGCAACAACAGGCUCAGCAACAACAGGCUCCUCCCAGGAGCGAGAUAACGCCAUUGGAGAGAUACGUGUUCGAAGUUGAUGUUAUCCCAGUUCCUGCUACGAAGACAGAAGAAGUUAAGGAAGCUGCUGAUACGGUGGACGAUUUACUUCUGAAAUGGACAACAUUAGGGCAGAAUGACCUCUUGGCUUGA